GUAGCUUUUUCGAUUUCUUAUCCAAAACUCUCUCACUCACUCAGCCAUGGCUCUUCUUCGUCUUCCUUGCGUUUCCCUCCAAAUUCUAGGUCACAAAUCAAACCAGAAGAACCCUAAUUCCAAAGUUUCUCUUAGCAAUUACUCACUCGCUUGGUCUUCUUCUUCUUCUUCUUCUUCUUCGCUAUGUCGCUCCUCAGUUCAAGCAAAAUCGAGAAACCUUACUUCGUAUUUCUCCGCUACUACUCAAGACCCAAUCCUCGAAUCAUCAUCAUCUUCUUCUCCAGCUGAUAAUAUCUCCGCCGCUACUGAGGAAAUCGUAGACGAGAUUUCGAAGACUAGAUUGAUUGCUCAGAACGUUCCAUGGGCAGCUACACCUGAAGAUAUAAGGUCGUUGUUCGAGAAGUACGGCAGUGUCGUCGACAUUGAGAUGUCUAUGCAUAAGAAGGAAAGGAAUAGAGGUUUGGUUUUCAUUGAAAUGGGUUCCCCUGAAGAAGCUGCUACAGCUCUCCAAUCUCUCGAAUCCUUUGAGUACGAGGGUCGUCGUUUAAAGGUAGACUAUGCAAAGGCCAAAAAGAAGAAGACAUAUACGCCGCGUGAGAAGCCUUCGGCAGUGCCUACAUUCAAUUUGUUUGUUGCAAACUUGGCAUUUGAAGCAAGGGCUAAGCAUCUUAAGGAGUUCUUUGAUGCAGACACUGGCAACGUUGUCUCCACUGAAGUUAUAUUCCAUGAAAAUCCAAGGAGGUCGAGUGGUUAUGGGUUUGUCUCUUUCAAAACCAAGAAACAGGCCGAGGCAGCGAUUAUUGAGUUUCAAGGAAAGGACUUUAUGGGAAGACCAAUCCGAUUAGCACGUAGCAAACAGUUUGUUAAGUUGCAAGCAAAAGAAGGGUUGCAGCCACCAGAAGAGGAAGAGGAGGAACCAUCAUCUCAGUCCGAGACAGUGACCGCGGAGGACGAAACUCCAGCUGCAGAGAACUGAGGAGGAUUGUUGCUGGAAGGUAUUGGUAUUGAAGAAGAAGCUUUUCGAGCUUUUAGGUUUUCUUCUUCUUAGUUUUUGACCAGCAAGCUGAGUGGGUUACAUACGAGUACCAAACCUUUAGUAACUGGUGGAGAAGUACGAAGUACAAAACCGAUUUUGUUAGAACUGAAAACUAGUAGAGACCGAGUAUACCAAAACGUCAGUUUCAGACCAGAUCAAAAUCUUAAGAAACAAACCCCAUUUGGUUCUGAGAAACUUGCUUAGUCAAGUCAAACAUAAUGCUUUAUUUUGUUGGUCAUCUAGUAUAUGAUUGCUUUUUCGCGUUUGUUAUAUGCUUAGUGUGUAAUGUGUAUUCUUCUUUUUAUAUAUGAAACCUUAAAUCUUAAGAAUCUUAUAAAAGGUACUAA